GAAUAUAAAUUUUAUUUAAGCAUCCUGAACAGCGUUUUUUUAUAUCGAUGGAAGCCUGCGAUGUGUGACGAGGCGACGAAGCGAGAAAAGUCACCGACAAAAGGCUCAACAAACCGGUCUGCGGUUGAACAAGGAACUCGUGACUACCCCACUUUGUGUUGCUCAUUGCAUGCAAUGUGUAUCGUUUGGAUCUGAGCAGCGUAUGUUCCUUUGGUAUUACAUUUCAUGUGUGCAUUGGGCUCCAUUGAGCUGGUAAUAGUAAAAUCUUCUGUUGAUACUCGCCGAUCGAACCUUCGAUUUGCAGGAGUUGGACAACAACACACAACUUCCAGUUUGCAUUAUUUUGCGAUAUUUCCGUUUGUUUACACUGUUAGCAGUUAGUUACAUGCGCGAUCGGUCAAGGUUUUUUCACAACCCCGAUGACAUACUGACGGCUUGUCGAACCUCGGCGCUGCAGCGCGAUGAAUUUUGCAGAGUAAUGAGUGGGAAAUGCCGAUUGACUUGACCGAAAAGUAUGGCUAAACAAUGACUUUAUCGUUCGACCAGGUAGAACAGUGGCUUGACGAUCAUCCGCAGCAAGCUGAGGAAUACUUUGUGCGUAAGGCUACCGCGCGAAUGGUUCAACUGUGGAAUGAGGCAAGAAGCGACUGCUCUGACGUUUUCUGCUCGGAUGCAAUCGAGAAUUGCAGUGCUCGGAGAGGAAAGAAUUUUCGCUUCAACGACACAGUGGACAUAAUCAAUUCGAACGAGGAAGAGGAAGCUGUAAACGAAGCGGGAGAUACAAAAUCUUUUAGUAACCCAACAUCACCUAUCACUCGGAGGUAUUCCGAACCGCAGCGCCAAGGGAAUCAAAAACGACACUGGAUUCUAGGUUACGGAGGAACACACGGAUUAAGCGGUAAAUCAGUAUCAUCAAGUUUUGUCGACUCUCUGGACUUAAGUACUUAUGAAAUCCGAGAGGAAAGAACGAGACGAGUGAGGAGUCCCCCUUCACGUCAGCUCCGCAAAACCAAAUCGUUGCCGAAUUGUGGACAACAGCAUGUUCUGGGGGCAUUAAUUGAGUCCAAAAUUCGCCUGCCCUCCUCUGUGGGCCUAAAUGCGGAAUCAAAACUGGAUUUAAAAAACAGCAAUGAAAAGCAGUUUUUCUUCGAGAUAGUGCGGGACAUAGCCAAUGAUUUAGACCUGACAACACUGAGUUAUAAAAUUCUAGUCAAUGUUGGGAUUCUGACGAAUGCUGAUCGCUGCUCAUUGUUUCUUGUGGAGGGGCCGAAAGGUAAACAGUCACUCGUUUCAAAGGUUUUCGAUGUGCAAGUUGGAUCCACGAGUUCAACAGCGAAAGACUUUAUUAACCAGCAGAGAGAAAUUACUGUUCCGUGGGGAAAGGGUCUUGUUGGUUAUGCUGCAGAGACCGGAGAAACAGUUAACAUCCCCGAUGCCUAUGCGGUUUGUAACGUUUUAGUAUAAAUAAAUCAUUAGGGUUUUUAGGCGUAUGUAAACCUUCAUACGCUCUCUUAAGUCGCCGGCGCCUUGGUUUAACGUCCCUUGCAAAAGGGGCUCUCUUGCACAUUGCAUAUAGAAAGGCGACACCAUAAUUAUCGGACCGUGAUCGUUCGAAUUUUGAUGAGUCGUUCGAUUCUGAUAGCGCGCGCUGUUAAUUUGAGCGCUUUGGAUUCAAGCGAUCAGCUUUGUACUUUUAGCAGAUCACAACAUUCUAUUCCGUUUCCAGUUAGUUUGAUGGCUUCAAAUCGUGUAAGGUAGCGUGGGUUGCAAAAACCACUGUUCUGUUUGCAGAAAUUAAAUUGGGUCACAUACCCGGAUCAAACCAAACUUAAACGGGAUGGCUAUUUUUGUUCGUAUUAUUAAUUCACAUCCAUUUUAUUUGUAUUUUACCAACCGAAGCGCAUUUUAAAGAAACGUAAACGAGAUCUUAACUGUUAUCUGGUAUCGAAAAUUUCCUGCCUCUAGAUAAAAUUUUGUAGAAAUUUUUACCUUUAAUUGUAUUUACGAAAAGUAAGAAAUUGGUCAAAGUUAUAAUGUGGCUUUAAUUCGAAACGACACGGCUAAAGGCAAGCUCGCAGCUGAAGUAUCAUUAUGAAUUCACGGCUUUAAAUUUGCAUUUUUAGCAUUUGUGUUCAUAAUCUUGGAGAAAAUCAUCUUUUUAAUAUCGGCACGAACACUUUAAAAAUCUUUUUGGUUAUCAGAUCGCCUUUAAAUGCGAUAAAAUGUUAUCACGACGUCUUCUCUCGUCUCAGUCUGGCUACUGCUCGAGUGUGUGGGUGGCUUAUUAAGCUAUAAAUCCGAAAUUAUACACAGCCGAGUUAACUUGACGUACCAAAUUCGUGUUUGUCGCGCUUCAACGACUUUGAUUAAUGUGUCUCUUGCUGUGACCUAUUUUUUGUCCAUUCCUUUUAACCUUCAUCGACCUGUUCCGGCCCUUCAAAAAGCCGCGAAAAUGUUAGCUUUCUCCUGCGAUGCAUUCGUAAAAUCGCAAUGUUUAAACUCUCGACGCUUAUAUGUUUAUUGUGGCUUACAAAUCAUGGCGUAUAUUUUAUUUUUUGUCGUUUUAAAAUUAUUGCGAACCGGGAAGAUUGGGAAAGCGUGAAUUUGUUGUUGAAUCCUGCUACUGUACGACCAACAUUGGCGUGUAUAUUUCAGCGGUAUUUUGACGGAUUUCCUUUUUAAACUCUUGUUUUUAAUCUGAUUGUCACCCAAGUACUUUGUUGACAAGCGAGAUAUAGCUAGAGCUGCUUAUUUUGUUUGACAUUUUUAGUGCAAGAUGCACAAUUACUCUGUUUGCUGUGUAUUUGCAGGAACUUUCAAAAUUAUCCUUUUUUAGCAGAUUAAAAAUAUUUUUUGACUGUUACGAGCUUAGUUCAAAAUUUGAAGGUCAUUCUUCAAAUUAAAGUCUCUAUUAUUAUUGGCACUUUUUAAUGGAUAUUUUGUUACCUUAAAAAUAUAUGCAUGGUGAAAAUUCACAUUGACAGCAGUCUCUCUUGUACCUUUUUAAACGUUACUGACACCAAAAACUGCUCUGUACAUAGAUGCAUUAUCGUAGGGGGUGUUUACAUGGUCAUUUACAAGGGCACACCCUCUCAUGACAAUAAUGUCUUUGAUAUGUGCAUUUUGUUUUAAAACCCUGGUUAUUGGUCUGGAUGAGGUUUGAACCUAUGACCUCCCGCUUGGCAGACUGGUGCACUCCCAACUGAGCUAACUUGGCAGCAGUUAAUAAGUGAUCAAUAAAUAAAUACAUAAAUAAUAAUAAUAAUAAUGUAUUAUUAUUAUUAUUAUUAUUAUUAUUAUUAUUAUAUAUUCCUUUUGAUAAGUCCAACAUUAAAAUUUAAUGUUGGACUUAUCAAAAGGAAUAUAUAUAUUUAAUAUGUUAACUCGUUGAUUUGUUCAACCAAAAAAAUGGAAGGAAGCAAGAAAAAAAGUUGGGAACUGGCUGGGAUGUGGUGGGCUAUAAACAUGUUCUGUCAUACUUAAAGAUUUUUGUCAGAUGCAUUUGUCAAUAGAAGUUGGAUUGGACAUGCAACACCCGUAACUCUUCACACUCAUCAGACUUUGUUGAAACACUUGUUAUGUUGUGUCCUUCUCAAUGUUGAUACACAUAUUAUCCAUUUGCAAAAAUGCAAAUCUCAGCAUUGGGGUAGGAGAGGUCUGAAGGAGAAUGCAGGGGGAAAAAUUGGAUAAGUUGACGUGGUAUUAAAAAGAUGUAAUGUCUUAAUUGUAGGGCUAUCUCAAACCUAUUGUUAAUAUAUGUUACUAAUAGGGCGGGGGUUGAUGUACUUUUUUUUCUUAUCUGUACCUAAGGAAAUGCACAAGUCAUUCUGUAAAUCCUAAAAAUCUGGAUUAAAUGAGCAGUAGUUUCUGCAUUUUUGGACUCUAUAAGUAAUGGAACUUCGAAAUCUAUUUUUGGAUUCAGAAUCCAAAUUUAGAUUUUCCUAAAAAAGCCCAAGCUAACUCUAAGAUUCUGUCUGUUAUUUUGUUCAUUAAUGUAGGACCCUCGCUUCAACAAAGAGGUUGAUCUUCAGACUGGCUAUCAUACAACGAGCUUAUUAUGCAAACCAGUGAAGAACAACGAAGGAGAGGUGAGAACAAGCGGAGUAUGUCAGUUUAUUCUUGGGGAGUUUUAAAAAAAUUCAGUCUUCUAGCGCUGUGCCAGAACAUACUUUUGUCACAUGAAUCAUGUGACGAAAGUUAUCACUUGAGAGAAACAUGUCAGUGGCUAAUGUAGCAGACCUUCACUCUGUCUUGUAGCUUGGAAAAUCAACUGGGUUGAAUUCUAAAAGAUCUUUUGAAGACAGUCGAGUCACAAACAGUUAUUGUCAUUCAUUUGUAGCCCACUUAUAUAGCUUCAAGGAUGUUUCAACUAUCUUGGAUACAAGAUCAGCGAUAAAUAUGAAAUUUUAUAAUACCAUACCAUAUUUAGAGGCCCUGGUAGGGUAAAAUUCCAAAAAGCGACAUGACCUUGAAACAGUGAGAGAAGACUAAAUGGCGACAUACGACAAAUACAGAUCAGGGACAUAUGUGCCUCAGCUCCGCCUCUAUAUAAGUUCUAAAAACCCAUACCAUAAAUCCCUCUCCCUCCCCUCCCUAAGUGCUAAACAGAGAGUAGGGGCAUAUUUAGUCUCACUUGGUUUAGCUGUGAGACUCUAAAAAUGCAACCAUUUCUUUCUUUUUUCGUGUUUGUGUGGUCACCAAAUGGGCGUCAUGGUCCCAGGCGUUCCCAGCAGAGUCCGUGGAACCUGGGGAUAAAUGUGGCAGCGUGAAAAGAGCCAUGCAUGGAAAGCUUAGCAAAUAUUAAAGCGAAAGAUGUCGAGCUUUUCAGGAAUGGGUCGGUUCACGAUUUUGGCAAUGAUUGAAAUGAUGCGCCAUGUUCAUCACACUUUUUGAUGUAAUUUCUCUCAAAUUGAGGCCCUAAAUGAUUUUCGUGUAUUUACACAGGUGUAGUAAUGUCUUACAAAUCAUUGAAUAUGAUAUAAAAAGUAAAUAUCCUAAAGAAUACUUGACUGUCAAUAAAGUAAGGAGUCUCAUGGUAAACAAACUGGGAUGCAAGAAAUACUCUGGGGCAAAACAUCAUCAUCAUCAUCAUCAUCAAUUGACUGAAGAGCAGUCGACUGUAAGUCAUCUCCAACUGGCUUGGUCUAGGGUAGUGUAGUACAUGUUGUCAGCCUCUGAGAAAUGCUUGUUGGGGUCGAUCCAUUCCUGUAUUGUAAUUGGUUGGAAAAGGACUUCUGCGGUCUCCCUCUGAGUCCUCUUCUAUGGAAGGGCUCAUACAACAUAAGGAAAUUCCAUUUUCAAUCAUGUGGGCUCUUUUUUUUGUCUUGUCACAUUAUGCUUCUCGCAUCCCAGCGUGGUGUUUUUGUAUCACAUGACUUACCAGCUACAAAUAAAAGGGCCCUUUGGAGGACUUAUUAGAUAGGGGGCGGGGAGGGGGUGGGGUCAAUACUUAUUAGAUGAUUUGCUGUAACUUUUUAGCUACAAGAGGUCUUAUCAGACAGGGACCGGGGAGGGGGGUUGUGGUCAGGGUUUUGUAGAGGAUUUGCUGUAAGGCUCGUAACUUUGACAUUUUGAAUACGCAGGUUGUUGGGGUUGCCCAGAUAAUAAAUAAGAUGCCUGGUCCAGUACCAUUCACUGAAGACGAUGAGGAGGUAAUCUCAGCUUAAGCUUGAUUACAUGAGAAAUUGUUUGAAUUAUUUCAUGGCCAACUCGGAUGACCUGGCGAUCACUCGUAUUGAUCCAUGUGAACAGUUAAAUGUGGCUGAACGUAAUUUAGGCUAAGUUACACACUAAUCAAACGCUGGGCAGCAGUUUUCCCCAGGGUUGGUGUGCGGGGUGACCGGGUGUUGUAUUCAUUGCAGUUGCAUGUUUACAGCCGAGUCCGCCCAUCCCUCUUGGCAUGUCAAUUACAUGGUAAGUAAUUAGUUUUCACUGUUUUUUCAGUGUGACGGCGCCCAGUGGUUGCCGCUGGUUGGUUGCCAUGGAUAUGCUAUGCAUUCGGCUCAGUUUGUCUAGUGGCUCCACCUUCGUUUGUGAGGCACCAUUCCCUGAGCAUGUAAUAGUUAUGAAUAUAACUGUUAAUUUUCAAAUGGUUUCCCUCCUUAGGUUUGUGAAAUGUACCUGACAUUCUGUGGGAUAGGUAUUACCAAUGCCAAACUAUUUGAACUCUCAGCAAUUGAAUUUAAUAGGAACAGAGUAAGUACUUAUAAUGUAACAAAACUUUUCUUCACCCUUUUUACUCCUCAAAGUGGCCAAGGGAAAAAUCCUUGUAAUUCCUAAAAAAUAAACACUACUGAGGGUGCAAAAUUCUACGAAAGAGGUUUCAUUUGAUUUCAUCCACAGUUUUUAAAGGUACAGUAUAAAAAUUUUUCCUACUGACACUUUCUCCAGUGGGUGAAAGGGCGUGGGAGGGAAGGAUGUGGAGUUUAGAACUUUUCAGGUCUUGACAGCCUAUUUUUCUGGAUUAAUGUUUCCAAACUUACCCCUGAUAUUACUGUUUAAGAAGUUGUUUUCUUUGAAACAGGCAUUGCUGGAGCUUGUCCAUGACAUCUUUGAAGAGCAGACUUCACUUGAUAAAGUGGUGCAUAAGAUCAUGAGAAGAGCUUUAUCAAUGCUGAAGUGUGAGAGGUGUUCUGUUCUCCUGUUAAUGCAUCCAGUUCUUGGCAACAGUUUAGCAGAAGAAACAGCUCAAGUAAGACUCUUUUCCUUCCGCUACAGUACACCAAACCAAGUUCCACUGUUCAUUUUUUAAUUAGAUGCUCAAUUUGACAUCUUUUACAGUCCUGUCAAAAUCUUUGUGUAGCAAACUGCCGUUUAGCACUUGCCAGUAGUCAAGUCAGCUCUUGCCUAGAAUCCUUGUCUCUUAGAGGACUCUUAGUGAAGUUCAGUUUGGAGUAAACUACUCAAAAAAUUGACUGAGUUGUGCUAAUAUAAUUUUUAUUGUUCAUAGGACUUAAGAAUAACAAAAGUGUUCAACCUUCGUGUUUCAGGAAGUAGGAAUACGAAUAGUACAAUGUAAGUCUUGUUGAUUGUUUUGUAGACUGAAAUAAUUGCUGGGUUUCCUAACAAGUCUGGAUCAUUCCUAAAGUAAAUUAUGGAGACAGGAAGUGUAGUGCUUAAGCCUCAUUUAGACAGGGGUGUGUGUAAUUAUUAAAUUUGUUUGAAACCUGUGGUAUUAAUAAUCUUUAAAUUUUUACUAAUUAAUAAGAGGGUGGGUUUUUUUCGGUUUCCCUUUGUACUGAGGAAGGGUGGGGUAGGCGAGUCCACUCCCUAGUGGGUCCCCUGUUGACAUUAUGAACAAACAUUUCCUAAGUUUUGGUUUAGUGGGACUAAACUGGGUUAACCAAGGUGUAAUUUAGCUAUAAACCUGCCUUAUCUGCUAGUGUUUGGAUAGUCACAUAAUUUUGUAAAACAUCUUGAGACUCUCCUCUUUUUCUUUCAGUUACAGUGAGGGGAGAGAUGACGGCUCUUUCUGUACAAGGGUAGCAAAGCUAGUUGCUUCAAGUGGCAAGGUAAGGAGACAUUUUUGCACAGGGCCUAAUGGCUGGAUAAAUGAGCAGGGAAAGUAUUUUAUCGUAGAUGGACAGGGGUGUAGCCAGCCCAUAGAUCUGUAGGCCCGGGCCUACAAAUUUUUGGUUUGAUCACUCGACACUUGUAAUAAAUCAUGCGUUGUUUGGGUGAGCUAAAAAGCUUUAGAACUCAAGUGUUAGUGAGGUCAGUGUGUAUUGGUAAUGGGUGCAGUUUUCAGGAUGUGUGGAAAUGAAAGUCAGCCAGGCAUACAAUAGUAACGUUGAAAAGCUGGCUACACCCCUGAUGGAAAACCUGAAAGAUAAUAAGGCAUGUUUCUUGGGAAGAAACACUCUGAAAAAAUCAGAUCUUCAGAAACUUUCGAGAAAUUGGCCGGAGAAACUUAAAUUGUGCACUUGUUUAUUUGUAAAUCUCAGCUAUGUUGUUGUUUGCCAUAAAUUUCUAUAUCCCUCAUUUUUUUUGUAGACACUCAAUGUUCCUGAUGCCGCGCUUGAUCCAAGGUUAAAAGGAAUUGUAAGUUAUCGUCUCUUUCUUGUCUACGUGUUAUGAUGCAACCUUUUGCCCCAUGUAAGGGGAUCUAAGGCAGUCUUGGAUUCUGGAUUCCACGCAAUGGAUUCUGGAUUCCAGGUAAUGGAUUCCAGUCUUUGUCAGUGAAUCCAAUAAAUCCAGAAUACAGCACAAGGAAUCCAGAAUCCCACUAACAAUUAUUGUUAGUGGGAUUCUGGAUUCCAGAACCCAGGAUUCCGGAUGCCACAUGCCAAAUUUUCCUGUAUUCCGGAUUCCACAGGCAAAUAUUUCUCAUAUUCCGGAAUCCAGAUUCCCUUUGGGGCGAUACAUUUACUGCCUUAGUUUAUUGUUGUAAAUGCAAUUGAGUAACAACCUGUUAGUCUUUUUGGUGAAUCAGUCUUAUCCAUGGCCUGUUUUGCAGCUUGCAAUAAGUGCUGACAAUGGAGUUGAUGCCCAUCGGCCGAUUUUGUGUAUGCCAAUUAGGAACAACAAGUUUGAAAUUAUCGGUGAGUAGAGUACUUUCAUUUUUUUUUCCACAAGUUGCAUGUUCUUAGUAAAUGUUAAAGUAAAUAACGUAUAUAAUAAUUCAUCUUUAGGAAUGUGAGGAUAGUAGACUGCAAGGCUUAAAAUGCCGUAAAUUGUGUGAGUAAAACGCACCAGAGAUUCUGAUUCCCAAGUCUUAACGCCAGGAAUCUCUUUACUUAACCUAGCAGUGGGUUGGGAAGAGGGCAUUGCUGAAAACUCUUUGAUAAAUAAGAUAACCUUACUUAUUAAACUGUUGAUUUAAUAAAUAAAUAUUUAUUUAGUGUGUAAUUUACAUUUCGUUAUGUUAAACUGUUUCAGGAGUUGCUCAGCUGAUUAGUAAAUUAAACAACAAACCGUUUGAUGAGAGUGACGAGACAUUGUUUGAGGUACAGCUUACAUAUGUAUGGUACAAUGUAGAUCCAAACAUGUCAAACCCUUUCAGCAUAGCAUGUUAACACAGUAUGACAGAGAGAUGCAACAAUCUUCGACGUUUUUAAUUCGUUCACAAGACGACAAAAAAAAUUGGAGAGGUGUGGAAGGAGAGAGAAAGGAAAAAAAAUCUUCCAUCCCUAACGUCCCAAUUUAUGUCCAGUUUUUGGCAAGCAGUGACAAUGCGAAAGUGUUGUGAAGUAACUGAGGUUUAAGAAAAAGAAAGUUAUUAUUCCUCAAGAACUUGACAACUUUGCCUGGCGCUUCAUGCUAUUACUAGUUAAAUUGUUCGUAAAAAAACUUUCCAACUUAUCUCUGUAGGCAUUUGCCAUUUUUUGCGGCCUUGGAAUUCACAACACCAUGAUCUACGAUCAGAUGGCGAAAGCAAAAGCCAAGCAACAAGUAGCAAUAGAGGUGAGAAAAGUGAUCGCGCCAGGGCUUCUGCUGUUAGAGUUAAGGUUAACAUAUUUACUGUUUAGGCGUUGCUGCCUACUCGUACUAUCUCAUUGACAAUUCCCCGACAUGUCUAAUUAUUAUGAAGAUACACGCAACAUUUUACAGAUAUGAUUUGGCAUGUUUGUCAUUUAGAUUCAUGUUUACAUAGACUGGCAAAAACCUGGGACAGGCUUUAUAGCAAGCGUUUUCCAGUGCAAAAUUGAGAGUGGGGACGCCUUCAACCCCCCCCCCCCCCCCCGCCCCCCCCCACCCCAAAAAACGAGGGCCAAAAAACCCUCCCUCCCCGCCCCCGAUUUUUUGCUACCCCCCUAAAUAUAAACCUAGAAACCAAACUGCAACGCCUCUGUUGUUUACUUAAAAGAUUUUCCAAAUUGCUUAACGCAAAAUUCCCCGAAGAAUUUUAAAUUGAAUGCGUUUUUAAAAAUUUUCCUAUUUAUUUUCCUUGGCUGGCAAGAGCGCGCUUUAGGGUAGAAUGGUUUUGGAAUUUUUUUAUUUUGAUUUUGGUUUUAAUAGAGAGGGAAAAACCCGUGGGAGGCUUUUUAGCACACGUUUUCCCCUGCAAAAAUGGGGGGGGGGGCGCCCUCAAACCCCCCCCCCCCCCGCCCUGCUCCGCCUCAUCCGAAAAAACGAGGGCCAAAAAACCCUGCCUCCCCGCUCCCGAUUUUUUGCUACCGUCCUAAAUAUAGACGUAGAAACCAAACUGCAACGCUUCUGUUGUUUACUUAAAAGCUGUUCCAAAUUGCUUAACGCAAAACUCUCCGAAGAGUUCUAAAUUGAACGCUUUGUUAUAUAUUUUCCUAACUAUUUGCCUUGUGUUUUUAAGGUAUUGUCAUACCAUGCGGCUGCGAAGAGAGGCGAAAUUGACAGACUCAAGGUAAGUUUGGCGAUCAGGAAAGGAGAGCAUGUUCUUUCUCUCCGCCUAGAACCAAAAUAUGUCGAACUUUUUGCAUCUCAUAACCCUUUUUAAUCUGCAAUACACUGAUGAUGGUGUUUUUUUUUAAAUUUUUUUUUCUAAAAUACCUAAAAGCAACUUAGUAACACCGUGCCAAAGUGCUGCCUGGUAGCUUUCGUCCAAGAGCCUGACUUUAUGAGCGAUGUUUUGGUGAUUUCGAGAACUUUUAAAAACCAAACCGAUAACAGAAUUGAAUGAAAUUUUAAAAUAACGAUCUGGAGUUGUAGGACAGUAUAGGUGGACAUUCAAGAUUAGAUGGCAGGGGUAAAUGAAUAGAUACGCUUGUUUUAUUGUAAGCUGUAUAGUCAUGCUUGCAGGGGCGGUGUUAAUCCUCAAAUUAUCUAAGUAUCAAGGGGCACCCAACGUCAAUUUUCGGAAAAUAUUUGUUCGGAAGACGAUUUGAGAUCUAGAAUUUUCGGAACAUUUGUUGUAAAAUUGCUUGCUUGCCUGCCUCUCCUAGGAUUUUGGAAUAUCUAAAAAAUGGUAUAAUUGCCCAUUUUAUACGGAUUUUUAUCCUAAAAAGGUCACCUAGCAUUUUCGGGAGCCUUUUUUCUGGCUGAAAUUUUCGAAAAGAUAAGUUUUGAUCUCUGUAAUUUUCGGAUCACUGGACUUUCAGCUAGGAAAUCCGAACAGAUGAAAAGUUUUUAGGGGAUAAAAAUGUGCCUAUAUCUACUAAAAUACGUUUAACAAUGCUAUGUUUAAGUGGUCUUGAACUAUAUUCUCGUUGGGUGCCCCUGACGUAUACAUGGUAACUGAUGAGUUACCUGCUGAUUUCCUUUGCAGAAUACUCCAGUCCCCAUGGCUUCAGAACUCAAACUUGACAGUUUCCAGUUUAAUGACUUUUCCCUGGGACCUAACGAGAUGCUGCAAGCUUCACUUAGGAUGUUUAUCGAUUGUGGAUUCAUCGAUGAAUUUCACAUAGACUACGAGGUAAACACACGACCGAUCAAUUUAGGUUUUUGGGAAACUGCCCACCCACCCUUCCCUUAAGCCAACUUUAACACUAACUUCUCACUUAGGGCAAAACGUUGACUUAGGGGAGGGGUCGGUGGGCAGUUUCCCAGAAACCUAAAUCAAUCCCACACGACAACGGACUUUUUCGUUUCUUCCUUAACUUGGGUGCGGUCCCCAUAGACCUAUUUGGCUAACUCAAUGCUGUACCCCAUUCAAAUCUCCCGGAGUUAAGAUUCUUUGUGUAUUGUAUUUGCAUUAUACGUGGCAUUCACAUUUAAAUGAUACGGAAAUUCCUGAAACAAAACGUUGUAUUCCCAAAGGGUUUGAUUUGGGUACAACGUUGAGUUAGCCGAAUAGGUCUAUGAAUUCAACUUCAGGAAAAUUCAGCUACAUUGAAUUUUAAUCGAGUUAGAAUAAUCGUAACAAAGUUUGAAAAACGCGAAUUGAUUUUAUUUGUGACGUUUUCGCUGCCCCAUGUCGAGUUCUUGUGUUCGAUGCUUAAAAACUGAAAUGGACUCAUGUAAACAUACGAGGCGAAAUUUAACGCAAAACCCUUCUUCAUUUUUCUUAUUUUAGGUUCUUUGUAGAUGGCUGUUAACUGUACGCAAAAAUUAUAGAAAUGUUAUCUAUCACAACUGGAGACACGCCUUCAAUGUGGCACAGUCAAUGUUUUGCAUGCUCAAGGUAUGUGGUUAACCCUUUAAGAGUGACGAAAAUCAAUUUUCUCCCAACGAUGUCAAUACAUAAUCAAGAGAAAAUGUUGUGAGAAUAUAUAAAGUAAUCGCUUCAUGGGAAACGUUUUGUUUUUCAAACAAAUUCUCCCAACUAAUUCAUUAAGGAAAUGUAUGGAGAUCAGUCUUGAGAAUUUGUAUUUGGAUAUUGGGGCUUUAAGAGUUAAUAGAAUGGGCCACUUCCGAGUUCCAAAACCCUCACUUUCAAAAUUAGGCCAAGUGAACAACCUUUCUUGUGAAAAUAAGUUUUAUUGGCAUGAGAAUUACAAAUCAUUUCCAUAUCAAAGGCUGAGCACUUAACGUCGUUUUGAUACAGAGGCCCGGGGGAACUCGGAAAUAGCCUAUUAGCGAAAACUGUGGCAUUAAACAACUUGUAAUGGCUCUCAAAAAAUACUGUAAGGCAGGGUUUAAACAAGAGGAGAGUUUUCCGGAUUCUUAAACAUUUCUGGAGUUUUUUUUUGCAUUCAGGGUACUCGGAUAUGAAGGCGUUAAAAAACAUUUGAAUUUUCGUUUCGGAUUAACGCACCUGCGUACAGAUGGCCAAACGAAUCCGACACCAAAAUGUUUCGGAUUAGUUACAGAUGUGGAAAUAUCUUCUGUAAUGAAAACCUAGCUUAAAUCUUACCUGGGUCUAACUUUUCCAAUCUCCUCUGUAAAACAAUAAACGCACGGAGGUUGUGCUGUGGAUGGUACAAGGUCAGAGAUUAGAAGCACACGAGCCAUAAGGCCCAUAUUGUAGGAUGAGUGUUUUCCCGUUUUCUGGAGAAUGAAGCAGCAAAUAGUAGUCGUAUUGCUACUACCCCUGGAUAAGAUAACCGUUCAACCACUCGUCGUAAAACUGGCAAUAAAAGAGUAGGGUCUAGAGCGAAAUUGUGAGCAACACCUCGUUUGAGUCAAUGUUAAACUGUGGCGUUUGGCUGUAAAUGCUCCGAUUAUGCAAAUUUUUGUUGCUUAAGAACUUGACGCAUGGCACGUGCAGCUCGUGCGGAAAUAAAAAUAAAGCACGCACGUGCAGCUCGUGUGCCUCGACAAGGUAAAAAACUGGGGGUGAAUAGUACUUUUGGAGACUAUUGCCACGUAUCCGGUGAAUCCGGCGUACGAAUCCGCAACUUUUUGAAUCCGCUUUCCAGAGUGGAAAUUUUUGAAUACGCUAUUAAUCCGCAAUCGUGUAGACGCUAAAUUCGGAUAUUUUUUUAUCCGGUGACGUAACAAGAUCAAGCCCAGUUCUUCAUCGUGAAAGGCAGAGCAAGAUACAAAUUUCGCGUGCUUUACGACGCAUUCUGUGUUGUCAAUAUUCCCAGAAGAGUCCUGGGUACUAGAGUGGAUCCGGAUACGUGUGGACGGGCAAAUUCGAUUUGAAUGCGGAUACGUGUAAACGAAAAAUUUUUGAAUCCGGAAAGAAAAAGUUGCGGAUUCAAAAAUACUUGAAUACGAGUGGACGGGGCCUAUACCUGAUAAUGUCCACCCGAAAAUUGAAAGAUCAUAACGCAAGGGAGGGCAUAUGUGAGUAGUUAUUUUGUGUAAUAAGAACCGUGAAAGCAUUACAUCUUUUCAGAAGCUGUUGGCCAUCAUCUGGGGGCCAUAUUUGGUCAUUGGCUGCCAUUAGAAACGAAUGAAAUUCUAUGCCUUGACAAUGUAGCUUCCAUGAUGAGAAAUUAAAAGAAAUCUGUUCCAAGAUGCUUAUUUAUAUGGAUUGUUAAUAUGGUUGCGAUCAUUGCUUUGAUAGUGAUUAUAACAAGUUGGUGGGAAACGUUUUACUUUUUCACAGACUGGAGGCAUGAACAAGUAUAUGAGCAACCUUGAAUGUCUUGGUUUGAUUGUCGGCUGUUUGUGUCAUGACUUGGAUCAUAGAGGAACAAACAAUGCUUUUCAGACCAAGUAUGUCAUCAUUUCAGUAAAGUCAAGUAUGUCAUCAUUUCAGUAAAGCCAUUCUAAAAAAAUUGUUUGACACGCUUUUUCUUGUUGUCAACAGGACAGACUCGCCUUUAGCCAAACUGUACACGACCUCCACUUUAGAGCAUCAUCACUUUAAUCAUGCUGUAAUUAUCCUCAGCACAGAGGUGAGCGACUUGACAUACAACUAGUGAAGCAGUUAAAUCUUAGGAAUCACACUUAAGAUGACGCAAUGAACCAGUCAUACCUCACAUCAAAAUAAGGGAGUUCAUUUUUAACGUGAUGUCACACUAACCAUGAAAUUUUCUUUAAAAGGGCCACAACAUUUUCCAGAAACUAAAUGCUGAUGAGUACAGACAAGUUAUUAGUUACAUAAAGCAUUCUAUCCUAUCAACGGAUUUAGCCGUGAAUUUUAGGUAAGUUCUUAACUUCUGUGGUCGUUGCUCGUUUAUUUCGUUUUUGUGUCGUUUAAAGAGCGAGGACAGUUUCAGUUAGGGUUUAUUGUUUUUUAAACUGAAGACUAAGUGUCGUUUAAUUGAACUUUAAGUGAAACGUUCGUUUUUUUUUUAAAUUUUAGGCAACGUUCAAUGUUCUUUCCACUUGUUGAAAAGGGCGGCUUGGACACCUCAAUCCCGGAUCAUAGAGACAUGCUCAAGUAAGUUUCAAGUCGCCCGUAACAUCAUUUCUCGCAUGUUAACCGGGCUUUAGGCGAAUGUGAGGCUGUUCCAACUUGGUGCCCGAGAACUGGUGCUUGGGUCACCAGCACAAAAUAGUGGUGUGUUCACACUUCGUACCCGAUAUGUAACUGUCUGUGUACGUUUUUAGGGAGUUGAAGCAGCAACGUUUUUGAGCGACGUACGUCAACCGGAAGUGGACAUUUUGCAAUCUUUAGCCGUGAUUUUGAAAAAAACAAUUGGACAAAUCGUCUCUAUAAGAGUACAGACACUUAGCAAUACAAAUUUAAUAGCGUCAAGGCAUAUUAAAAGUGAAAAAAAGCUCACUUCCGAUUGAGGUUCGUCGCUCAAAAAGCUGAAAAGCUGAAAAGCUGCCUAUUAAUUCCCUUUACGAUCCUAUCAGACGCCAUUUUGAAACUCUUUUGAGUUUAACCGGAAGUAAAAAGCAGCUGAUGUCCCCGGAAUUAACAGGCAACGUGUGCAUACAAGGACCCGGUGUUAGCUUAAGGGUCUCGACUUUGUACUCGGACAUUUGUUCACAUUAGUGCCUAGCGAGUACCGUACUCGGGCACCGUGGCCGGGCGCCCACUUUGAACGCUGCCUAUGCCACCAAGUUUAGUUCACAUCUUGGUCGUGCGGAGACGGUAAGGAAAUGUGCCAAAAGGCGUGUUUAUUUAAAACUAUUGUUUUUGUUUUUUAUGUUUCUCUCAAUGUGGUGGCAGUUGGCACUUUUUGAAUUUUGAUAAAUUUCGUGACGCAGUUCCUUUAAGCUGCCUAAUUACACAUUCUAUACUGUUGCCUAGAGCUAUGAUGAUGACUGCUUGUGAUCUCAAUGGAACUACAAAACCCUGGGAAAUUCAGAAAGAGGUUUGUCAAGCUUCUUUACUUCCUGGAUCUGUCAAAUAGUAUACUGUUUUCACUGAAAUUUCCGCUACAAAAUGGUCAUUUUUCCCCUUCAAACGAUCACUGUUCCAUCCCAUUCCACCCUCUAUGCUCAUAACGGGCACAUCAACAGAAGGUGCUCUGCCUGUGGGCACAUCAACGCAAUGCUAUCUUGAUAACCUCAUGGUUCAUUGCUUGAUGGUCUCUCAUUAUCGCUCUAAAAUGCACAGGAAGGUUACGUUGUCUCUCUGGUUAACUUUCAGGUUGUCCAUUUAGUGACUAGUGAGUUCUUCCAGCAAGGAGAUCUUGAGCGAACCACCCUCAAGGUGGAGCCAUCUGUAAGUACAGAAGGGGAGGAAGAUAGGGGAGACUAGAAAUGGUGACAUUAGGGUGGGCAUAGGGCUGAGACAACGAACUGGGCAGGGGUGCGGAAAAAAACGUGUGUCCCCGUUUAUUUGCCCUGUAACCUUACACAACUCCCAUUUUAAUUUAGCGCUUGUGAUAACAAUACUCGCGAUUUUUCCAUGCAGUUGUACGUUUAAAAGAAAUAAAGGGAGAUGUAAAGAAUCAACCAUAAGAGGACACAGAAAAAAAACUGAGCCCCAGAUGGGAUUCGAACCCACGACCCUCCGUGUUCUAGACCGGAUGCUCUAACCUCUGAGCUACUGAGGACUCGUUGGCGAGCAAGGGUCAAUUUUAUUUAUUUAUUUAAUUUACGUUUGACUCAAAAUGUUACUUCAAAAUUUAUUACAAUUUUUUUUGUAGGCUCUCAUGGAUAGACAAAAGAUUGAUGAACUACCUGCGCUUCAAGUACAAUUCUUUGAAACAACAGGAAUUCCUGUCUUUAAGGUAGAUUAACAAUUCCAAAUUUCAUGUUCUAAAGUAGAGUUUUUUACUCACGUACCCAGUAGUUUGCUACACAGCCGUCACAAUUACGGCUGUGUAGCAGACUACGUGGCCUACAGCUAUGCAAAUUUAUUGGAGCAAAAGAAAGUUUCUGCAAGCAAUGCGUAAAGUGCAGUUACUUUUUCAACUCAAAACUACUCAAUCGCCGGAUAGUAGAGACCUUUAGAUUCAAAGACCAGGGCGACGGCUACGAGUACGAGAUUUUCUCAAUACUAAGUAGUGCGCACGCGUGAACCAGCGUCAUUUUGGCGAGAAAACCCGAUAGUCGUCAUCAUUCUGCUACGAGUUUUAGCGAGAGUUUCGUGGCGGUGGAAAAAAGUUAUAACAUGUUAGAGGUUUUAUCACUUUGGGAUCGAGACAGGGUUAAACUUCUUUCAAUAAAGAUAACUUUUCUAAUUCUUUUUGAUGAAAAAGUACAAUGAAGCUUACCGGGGGGUCUAGUUUUUAAGAAGACGCGAAAAAAACGAUAAGUCAAAUCUCGUACUCUUAGCCGUUUUCGCUCUCGAACUAAGGGUCUCUGGUACUUUCCGUCCCGACAACAAGAGACGAACGCCUAAUAUUUGAUUCUUUUGUCAGGCUUUGACUCAAUUUAACUCCAAGAUAAAGCCUCUUUACGUUGGAGCAGAGCGCAACAAAAACCGCUGGUGUGAGCUAGAAAAGGAAAGACAGGCGCGGCAACGAGAAGAAGAUAACGUCAAACAACAGAUUGUCACGUGACAUUACGAGUACCCGUGCCAUGUUCCAUCACUCUCGUGAGCGCGAACAGUGGAUACCUACAAUCGAACCUUUCCGGACAGCGGUCGGAACCAUUCGUGAGAUGCCUGUAGAAAGUUCAUCUUAGUUCUCAAGAGCUUUGCUGCUUCAGUUGCUGCAGGGAAUCAACCACUUAGAACUGGAAAGCUUCAUCUAGUCGCACGUGUUUCGUUUUGAACAUGUUAGUGAUCGCUAUAUGCUCUGUGGUAAGAAAAAAAAGACCUUAAAAAAGGUUCGUUGCCAUUUAGCACGUGAUCACUUGAAAAUUAUGUGGGACGCGUACCAUUUUGGUAGGUCUAACGGCUCAGAUUGAAAGCUCGCGGCAUACUGUUACCGUCUUGCUUUGCUGGGUUUAAAAAUGCACAAGUAGGUUGUUCUCACUUGGUGCUCGAGUACUAGUGCAUGGGUAAACGCACAAAAUGGUGUUGUGUUUACUCGUUAGGUACUCAUGUAACUAUGUACAUAUUUGCUCCAUUUCAACAUGUCAGACGCCAGUGAAGCGUGAGCGUAUGAGGGAUUUAUGGCCCGGGUAUGCAAAGCAGUUGAUUGCUUCGGGCUAACAAAAACGUGUCUACUUUAGGGCCCGAAUUCUGGAGUACGUGCUUAAGAAAGGUUGUGUUCACAUUAGUGCCUAGCGAAUACCUUACUCGGGCGCUGUCUCCGGGCACCAAGUGUAAACGCUGCCUUUUACAAUCAGCUCCCUGCUACAUCAGGAGGGAGGUUUUAAUAAUUAUAGUUAUUUCCGGAGGUGUUUCCCUAGCGACAGAACCUGAAAAAGUUCACUUAACGUUUCUCGAGUUGCAUUCUGUGUUUUUUUAAACCCUUAUCCGUGGGCAAGACAAUCGCACAAAGUACCUCUUAACUAAACUAAAACUAUUUUGGUAUUGUGGCGAUUAAUGCUUCUUUGUCGUGAGUUGAGGUUUUGGUCAUGAGGUGACUAACAGCAGCUGGUGACCUCUGUCAGAUUUAAUUUCAACACUAAGAUGGUACUGUUUUCCGUUUGCAUUUUUUUAAUGUUCGCAGCUCCUUUUGGCCCGUUUUACCUAACAAGUGGUAUGCGUUCGAGUUAGGGGAAUAACAAUUUAUAUUUAUCGUUCAAGGGGAAAUAAAUCGUCGCUGAAUUCUAUUUUUUCUACGAAAAUUAACUAUGUAUGUACCAAUUGAUUGUUUUUGGUGGACAAUAGUAACAUUGAAUUGCCUCGUACGAGCUUAACCGAGGACUCCAUGAAAUGUCUUUCUUACACAUGUUGCUAAAUACUUAAUAUAUAUCAUAUAAAUAUAUAUGAUUGCUUGUUAUCAUAGUAAUAAUAAUAAAGAGGCACUUUCUUCUUUUAUCGAGGAUAUAAAAGCAGCGAACUUCUUUACGGAAUACUGGAUAUUGGAGUCCCCGGAAGAAUUUCUUUUCCUUGGAAAUAGUACAACAUAGAUUAAGCGCGCAACGUGUUUGACUCGACACGACGUGCCCCUUUUUCCUGAGCAGUUACCAAGCGGUAGUGGGCUUUUGCACGUCUGCUAUGUUUAUCCAUGCAUUUGGCGAACUUUCAUUGCUCGUUCAGAAAAACACUAGAAAUGAAGGAGUUUGUAAUCAGUGAGAUGAUUUUUUACUGUAGGAAUUCCUAGUUGGGUAUAGAUUUGACCUGAACAUUUCACGUCUAACCGCACUUGGUCUUGGUGCCAGACUGUCAGGUUCUGCAACAUCCUAGCAAAUUUAUUUGAAGAUUAAAAUUAUUAAUUAGGUCAGGGUGCUAAAUACUGAAUUCAUAGGUAGAAUGCCGUAUUUAUUCGAUUAACCGCCCUGGGCGCUUAUUAAAUUUUUGGAACUUUAGAGUGGGCGCUUAUU